CUCACAUUGUCACGCAAUCCAUACACUCCUCUCUCUCUCUCUCUCUGUCUCUGUGUGUGUGUGUGUGUGGGAGGGGGGGCUCGAUGGACUUUGUGGGGGACAACUUCAAAGGCUUGGCGGAGGUGGGAAGCUUUCUUUUCAGGGUAUGUGCACCUAGCCUCCAUACUGGAGUUGCUUUGCUUAUUGGGUUCCUAGUUUACUUCUAUGCACCGUAUUGGAGGGUGAGGAAGGUGCCCGGGCCUCCGGCCACAUUCCUCGUCGGCCACCUUCCUUUUCUCGCCAAGUACGGGCCAGAUGUUCUGAGAGUCUUCGCAAAGAACUAUGGACCAGUCUUCAGAUUUCACCUGGGGAGACAACCACUCGUAAUAGUAGCAGAUCCAGAACUCUGCAGGGAGGUGGGACUAAAGAAAUUCAAAGAUAUAAAGAACCGGAGCAGCCCUACUCCCGCCUCUGGAUCGCCUCUCCACCAGGAAGGUCUUUUUCUUACGAGGGAUGCAAGGUGGUCAGCCAUGCGAAACACCAUCAUUUCCCUCUACCAACCCUCCCACCUCGCAAGCCUCAUUCCCACCAUGCAAUCUUACGCAGUCUCCCUUUCUCUCAACGUCUCCAAUGUCCAAGAAGAAGAAGAAGAUAUUGACUUCUCCGAGCUCGCCUUAAGAAUGGCGAUCGAUGUCAUUGGAAAAACAGCUUUCGGUGUGGAAUUCGACCUCUCCAAACACGCUGCCUCUUCCCAAAAGACACUCCAAAAUCGCUACAGCGAUGUCUGUAAUAAUGACGAUGAUGACGAAGUCUCUGGCUUCCUCAAGCAGCACAUGUACUCGAUCGGAUCCCUUAAGAUGGACCUCUCCAGCUCUCUCUCCACGAGCUUGGGCUUGAUAGCCCCGGUCCUACAAAAGCCAUGCAGAGAACUCCUCAAACGGAUCCCUGGUACUGCUGACUACAAGAUUUACCACAAUAACCAGAAACUAUGCGAGAGAAUCGAUGCGAUCAUUGCAAAAAGAUCGAAGGAAAGGACACAUGAUCCGAAGGAUUUCCUAGCUGCAGUACUGAAUGCCAGGGACUCAGGUGUGGGCGAGAAGCUCUUCAGCCAUAACUAUAUCCGGGCGCUCACGUAUGAGCACCUUCUUGCCGGGACCAAGACCACAGCUUUCACGGUGGCAUCUACCGUUUAUUUAGUCUCCAAACAUCCUGAGGUUGAGAAGAAGCUGCUCGAGGAGAUCGAUAGCUUUGGCCCUCAUGAGGUAAUUCCGACUGCCGAAGACCUGCAAGACAAGUUCCCCUAUCUUGAUCAGAUAGUGAAAGAGGCAAUGAGAUUCUAUACAGUCUCCCCAUUGGUUGCAAGAGAAACAUCUCAGCAAGUUGAAAUUGGAGGCUAUGUCCUCCCCAAGGGUACGUGGGUUUGGCUUGCACUCGGGGUUUUGGCCAAAGAUCCCAAGCAGUUCCCGGAGCCUGACGUGUUCCGGCCGGAGAGGUUCGACCCAGCUUGCGACGAAGAGAAACGAAGGCACCCAUAUGCACACAUUCCAUUUGGAAUUGGCCCACGCGCAUGCAUCGGGCAGAGAUUCGCCAUGCAAGAAAUCAAGCUAGCUCUCAUCCAUAUCUAUCGACGUUAUAUUUUUAGGCACUCUCCAAAGAUGGAAUUCCCUCUGGAGCUUGAGUAUGGCUUGGUUCUUGGAUUCAGACGAGGAGUUAAGCUACGGGCAAUUAAGAGACAGCGCUAAAUCGAUGUAAUAUAAGCAUGUUGUGUUUUUGGUAGAUAAUAUAAGCAUACUGUUUAGUGUGUUAUAAAGAACAAUUGUAUGGUGAAAUUAAUGUUAUCCAAGUAUUGAAGUGAUCAAGUUUGAAUGCGAAUUAGAUCU